CCACGUGUUGAAUAAGAAGCUUUCCAUUUUGAAGCUUGUGGGCCACUACAAUCUUUUUACCUGCUUUAUCCAAUAAACCAUGAAAUGAAUAAACUGGUUGAAACUUUCUGUAUCAGAGACAGAACAGUAAAAAGAUUGUAACGACUUGGACAAGGAGAUUCACAUUUUGGCGUCUACGACGAAACGGCGUUCAUCGAUAAUUGGAUCUGAUGUCUUAUACAAGUCUAACUAUGGAACAAGGCUCGGAACUUGAAGACCCUCAGUCACGAAUAAGGACUCUGACCGAAAAGGGAGCAGAGGGAUUCUCAAAGCGUAGCGAUGAUUAUACUACUCACAUAAACGCUCAAUGGGCAGCUGUCGAGAACCUAAUUUCAACAUACAGCUCUACCAUCACAAACUUAGAAUAUUUAGACAAAUUUGAAGGUGACCUUUCAAAAGCUUAUGCAGAUUUUUGUUCAACAUCUGCUGAUUUUGCAGCAUUUCUUACAAGGACAAGAACAGAAGAUAGCAUUCAAGAGCUUCAAAAACAUUCAGCAUUUAUGCAAAAAUGCAAAGAACUUGUGAAUUCAGUGAUCGAUAAAAUAUCUGAAGUGCGCGGAGUAGCUCUUGAAAAUGCUUCACGUCGGUCAAAGAUAUCGCAAUCAAAACUCACACAUAUAUCCAGUUCCUCUUCACAACUGGCACGCUCAAAGGCAAAGGCGGAAGCAGCUAAAGCUCGGUUAGACUAUGUUCAACAAGAGACAUCCCUACUGAAACAACAGGCAGCUAUUGCUGAACAGGAAGAGAUAUCUCGUGCAGCGGCCAUGAGGAAACAGAAAGAGCUUGAAGCGGAACUGAAACUCUUGAACACUAAACAGGAAGUGGCAGCAACCAAGGCUGAAGCAGAAGCACUAGAGAAUGAAGAGGCUGAAGGUAAACCCACAAUGCAGAAUAUAGAAAGGUUGAAUGCACUUAUCGAUCCUAUAGAGCGUACAACACAAUAUAUCAACGAACAAUCGGCUAUUAACCAAAAAGAUAAGGAAAAGCCACAAGUUGAUUUCAAUUCAAAUGUGCAAACAUUCCCUUUGAUACAGCCUCAUACUCAAGUGGAUGCAUUUAUCAGUCCUGUGGAGCAAACAAUCCCUCACAUCAAUGUACAGUCGAACAAUAACCAAACUGAAAAAAUGAAAUCAGAAGUCAACUUCAAUUCGAAUGUGCAGACUUUUCCCAUAAGCCAGCCUCAUACUCAAAACACUGAAAGUGUCAUGCCAAACAGACCCGAUCAAGUUCAAGACUUUACUAAGUUUCUUCUGAAGAAAGACCUGCUAAUAUCUCGUCUCACUCGAUUCGAUGAUCAACCACAGACAUUCAUAUUCUGGAAAGCACAGUUCGAAGAAAUAAUGAAGGAACUCGAGGCGACAAACACUGAGGAACUCGACCUUCUUACAAAGUGGUUAGGACCAACUUCAUCAAAGUACGCUGCAAGCAUUAGAUCGUCAAACGUUUCAAAUCCAGCUGAAGCCCUAAGAAAAAUUUGGGAGCGUCUUAAUGAACGAUAUGGCAGCCCUGAACUAUUGGAGUCCAUGUUGAUGUCUAAACUAUCAGUUUUCCCAAAACUCACUAACAGAGACAAUGUGAAACUAUAUGACUUGCUAGACUUAAUCUCAGAAAUUGAAUCCCUUAUGGCAAAUCCAAAGUACACAACUUUAUUGAGCCAUUUCAAUGCUUCAUCAGGUUUAGCGCCAAUACUUGGUAAGCUUCCACAUAACAUACAAGAGAAGUGGACUUCCUAUGCUUACAAGUACAAAAAGCAACACAACACUGUCUUCCCUCCCUUCUCUUGCUUUGUGGAGUUCAUGCAAGACAUCAGCAAAAUGAAAAAUGAUCCGGGGUUCAUGUACAACAGUGAAACUACAUAUUCAAGCACAACAAAGGAGAAAGCUGGUCCGAGAUCCAAUCUGGGGAAACAAUGGAUAGCAACAAAGAAAACCGAAGUUAGACAGAAUUCAGAAAACAUGAAGUCCACCUCCAUGUGUCCUCUCCACAAGGCCAAUCAUAGUCUUAAUGAUUGUCGUGGCUUCAAAGACAAAUCAUAUGAGGAACGGAAACGAUUUCUGCGAGAGAACAAACUUUGCUUUAAAUGUUGCAAUUCUGAUCAACACAAGUCCCGGGAAUGCACAGAACUUAUUCACUGCAAUCAGUGCGGUAGCAGUUCGCAUCCGUCAGCACUUCAUAUUGGAACACCCGUGAGCCGUUAUGGUGGGGAGAAGACUGGCGAAAAUUCCGCAACAUCCGCAUGUACCCAGAUACGUAAAGAUGGAUUCUCAGGGAAGUCAUGUGCUAAAGUGAUUUUGGUAAACCUACACCAAGCCAGAAAUCCAAGCAAGUCGCUGAAAGCAUACGCAAUUAUAGACGACCAAAGCAAUAGAUCCUUGGUGAAGUCUGAAGUUUUUGAUCGUCUCAAUAUGGAUAGUGUAAUGACAGACUACCAGUUAACUUCCUGUUCAGGAGUAACUGACAUGCUUGGCAGACAAGCUCGAGACCUUAUCGUUUCAUCGCUGGACGGAUCGACAUCUAUCAUUAUACCCAAUAUCAUAGAAUGUAACCAGAUCCCCGAUAUCCGAAAUGAGAUACCUACACCGGAUGUAGCGAGAUCAUACACUCAUCUUCAAGACAUCGCUGACAACAUACCUGAAGUUGAUGAAAACAUUCCGAUUCUCCUCUUGAUUGGUCGUGAUACACCAGAAGCACAUCUCGUAGAAGAGCAGCGCACAGGUGCGAGGAACUCACCAUUCGGACAGAAACUUACCUUAGGUUGGGUGAUUGUCGGCGAAUCCUGUCUAAACAAGGUACACCGUCCUAACUCUGUCGUGGUAAACAAAACUUACCUUUUACCAAAUGGGAGGUCGUCAAUAUUCCAACCAUGUCCAAACGACAUACACAUAGAAGUUCAGAAUAAAGAUAUCAGUUUCUUGCCUCAGGAUCUGGAUACAUCUAUAUUCAUGAAACAGAAGGAUGAUGACACAAUCGGUCUCUCAGUUGAUGACAAAGAUUUCAUCAGGACCAUGGAUGAAGACGUUCAUCUCACUGCGGAAGGAAAUUGGGAAGCUCCUUUGCCGUUUAGAGAAAAUCGACAACGACUUCCAAAUAACAGAUCGUAUGCACUGAAGCGAGCGCACAAUCUGGAUAAUAGUCUUCGAAAGGAUCAAACGAAACGAGAACAUUUUAUGACAUUCAUGAAAAAGAUAUUCGACUGCAACCAUGCGGAAAUUGCACCACAACUCAUGAAAGAAGAAGAAUGUUGGUACUUACCAAUAUUUGGGGUGUACCAUCCUAAAAAGCCAUCCCAAAUUAGAGCUGUGUUCGACUCAUCUGCCAAAUAUCAGAGUAUUUCCUUGAAUGACGUUCUUCUUUCUGGUCCGGACCUGAACAACAAUCUGUUAGGUGUACUUUUACGCUUUCGAAAAGAACCAAUAGCUGUUACAGCUGAUAUAGAAUCUAUGUUUCACUGUUUCCUAGUUGAUAAGAAGCACAGGAACUUCCUCCGCUUCUUCUGGUACAAAGACAACGACAUUAACAAUGAGUUGAUAGAGUACCGUAUGCGAGUACACGUUUUUGGGAACUCACCUUCACCGGCUGUAGCUGUAUACUGUCUUCGCAAGGCCGCUUGUGCCAAGGAAGACGACUAUGGAUGUGAUGUCGUAGAUUUCGUCAGACGAAACUUCUACGUGGACGACGGAUUAAUUUCUCUAUCGACUCCUGACGAAGCGGUCAGUUUGCUCAAAAGAACUCAAGCUGCUCUUAGAGAGGGUGGUAAUCUACGUUUGCAUAAAGUUGCAUCUAACGACAAGCAUGUGAUGGAUGCCUUUCCGUUUGAAGAUAGAGCAAAGGACUUCAAAGAUAUCGAUCUUAGCGUUGACAAACUUCCUAUGCAGAGAAGCUUAGGGUUGAACUGGGAGCUUGAGUCUGACUCAUUCACAUAUCGUUUGUCAAAGGAAGAAAGACCUUUCAGUAAGCGGGGACUAUUGUCGACUAUUAAUGGCAUCUUUGAUCCCAUUGGAUUUGUUGCACCAGUAGUAGUUUCUGGGAAAAUCUUGAUGAGAGAGACUUUGAGAGGUUCGUACAACUGGGAUGAUCCCCUUCCUGUUCAUCUCUUGGACAAGUGGUCAAACUGGAAGAACUCUCUGAGAUUCCUUGAAGAUGUACAUAUACCAAGGACAUACACACCCUCUUCUCUAUCAAAAACCCUCUGCAAAGAGCUCCAUAUUUUCUCAGAUGCUUCAGAGGCUGCCAUUGCCUCAGUAGCAUACUUGCGCACAGUCGACGACUCGAACAACAUCCACGUGGGAUUCAUUUUAGGAAAAUGUAAACUUGCGCCAACAAGUGGUCAUUCUGUACCGCGCUUGGAGCUCUGCGCAGCAGUGAUGUCCGUCCAGUUAUAUGACAUCAUAAGUGAAGAACUGGACAUGAAGUUUAACACCGUUAGGUUUUACACAGACAGUAUGGUGGUGUUGGGUUAUAUCAAUAACAAAGGCAAAAGAUUUUUCAAGUAUGUUGAAAACCGAGUGGAAAGAAUCAGGAAAUCAACAACACCCAAGCAGUGGAGUUAUGUCCCAACAAAAUCCAACCCAGCAGAUGCGGGCACGAGAAACCUUACUGCGGAAGUCAUUAAUGACAACAUAUGGAUUCGAGGACCACCUCAACUCAAGGAACCUUUGGAGGAGGAUCCGAACACUGAUUACAGUCUUUUUGAACCAGAAAAUGACCCUGAGAUUCGUAAGGAAGAAGAGGUUAAAACCCUGAAAACAGCAGUUGACGGAAAAAAGGACCAAUCUGCGACUUUUUGUAUAACUCACAGAUCAGAGAGGUUCUCCAGGUGGAAGGUGUUUGUGAAAUCUAUAGACUGUUUAAGGUCUAUAUCUAGGAAGUUCCAUCACUCCUUGGAUAUUCAAGCCUCACCAACAUCAGAAGAACUGAUCAUACGUAUGGUUCAACAUGAAGUUUGCACAGGAGAUAAUGUGCUUGCAAUCACGGAAGUCAUUACCAAGAAAUAG